AUGUUUAUCCUGCUGGACUCCCCGCACGGCAACCACGUGCUGCAGCUGGCGGUGGAGCUGCUGCCGCCCGAGGCCGUGGACUUCAUCUGCAGCGAGGUCCUGGACAGGUGGAAUCCUGUCGUGCUGGCUCGGCAUCCCUACGGGUGCAGGAUCCUCGAGCGUUUGAUCGAGCACUUUCCGGCGCACGCGCUCGCGGGGGCGGUGGGCGAGAUCCUGGGCAAGGUCGAGUCGCUGAGCGACGACCACUAUGGAAACUACGUGAUUCAGCACCUGCUGGAGCAUGGGGGCCAGGGCGAACGGAAGCGGAUCGUGGAAGCCAUCCAGGGCAACGUCGCCCACUUUGCGUGCAGCACCUUCGCCUGCGGGGUGCUGGACAAGGCUCUCACGUACAGCUCCUGGGGCGACCAGGUGGACAUUGUCAGGAGGGUCUUGGAGCAGGAGCCCCUCCUGGUGACGCUGGCCACCAGCCCACACGGCUUCGCAAGCACCCAGAGAUUAUUCCAGGUGGCGGCGGCAGCGGACGCUGCCCUACUGGAGCUGGCCUGCCAGCAGCUGCUGGCGCAGCCGUCGCUGGACGCGCUCGCGGCCUGCAAACACGGCCAGUCCCUGCUGAGGGAGGUCCUCCCCGAGGGCUGCCGCGGCCUGGCGGGGGGUCGCGCACAGCCGCCGCCGUGCACCGUGCUCGGGCCCUGCAAGAAGUGCCCCUGGCCCAGGGCGUCCCCUAGCCCUGGCCUCCAGUCCCAGGCAAGCUCUUUGCCCUUGGAGCCUGCUCGUCAGCGGUGCACUGUAAAAAAGGCCCCCGCUCGGCCCGCAGAGCACCCCUCGCGGGCCGGCGGUUCAAAGGUGGGGUCCUGA